AUUGGACUAGCAGCAGCAUCGACAUCUAUUCCUCCCGGUACCUGUAUUGUAUCAGAAGGAACGUGAUAUCAUGAUGCUGUAAAGAGAGAGAGAUAUGAGAUAAUUCACAAUUCCUCCUUUAUCUUGUUUCAUAGCAGUGAAGAAAAAAACAGAGAAAGCAUGGGCGUGGACUUCUACAAGAUUCUUCAGGUAGAUAGAAGCGCCAAAGAUGAGGAUCUCAAGAAAGCAUAUCGAAGGCUAGCCAUGAAGUGGCACCCUGAUAAGAACCCUAACAACAAGAGAGAGGCUGAAGCUAAAUUCAAGCAAAUCUCUGAAGCUUAUGAUGUUUUGAGUGAUCCACAGAAGCGAGGAGUGUAUGAUCAGUAUGGUGAGGAGGGGCUGAAUGGGGUGCCGAUGGGCGCAGGUGGUUUUCCUGGUGGUGGCGGCGGCGGCAGCAGCGGUGACGGUGGAGCGACGUCAUUCCGGUUCAACCCCAGAAGUGCAGAUGAUAUAUUUUCGGAGUUUUUCGGGUUUUCGAGACCCUUUGGUGGUGGAAUGCCGGACAUGGGUGGCCGAGCUGGUGGCUCUGGAUUUUCCAGGGGUGGACCGUUUGGUGAGGAUAUCUUUGCUCAAUUUAGAAGUGCAGCUGGGGAGGGCUCUGGACAUAUGCCAAGGAAAGGUGCAGCCAUUGAGAGACCAUUGCCUUGUAGCUUGGAGGAUUUGUAUAAAGGAACUACCAAGAAAAUGAAGAUUUCAAGGGAUGUUAGUGAUGCCAGUGGGAGACCCUCCACAGUAGACGAAAUCCUUACAAUUGAGAUAAAGCCAGGUUGGAAGAAAGGAACAAAAAUAACUUUUCCGGAAAAGGGAAAUGAGCAGAGAGGAGUUAUCCCUUCAGACCUUGUCUUUAUUAUUGAUGAGAAGCCUCAUAGUCUCUUUAAAAGGGAUGGCAAUGAUCUUGUUGUCACCCAGAAGAUAUCGCUUGUAGAAGCCUUGACGGGCUACACAGCGCAGCUGACAACCCUUGAUGGGCGGAGUCUUACAAUCCCCAUUAACUCCACUAUUAGUCCGACAUAUGAAGAAGUUGUCAAAGGAGAGGGUAUGCCCAUUCCGAAAGAACCUUCCAAGAAAGGGAACUUAAGAAUCAAGUUCAAUAUCAAGUUUCCCUCCAGGCUUACAUCGGAACAGAAAAGUGGCAUCAAGCGAUUAUUGACAUCUCCCUAAGCAACAGGGGUAGCUCUUCCUACCAUUUAGCUAACAUUGCAAGAUGUCAGUUGUUUUAUGCUUGGUUUAUUUAUAUUUUCAAAUGGAAAUUGCUGUCACUGUGAUCUGGAUUUCAAUUAGAACAGUUUAUUAGAGGAUGACAUUUGUUAAUUGUUUCAUGUCUUAAGUUUUUGGUAGUGAAAAUUUUCUUAACCACUUAUUCACUUGUUUAUGUGAAAAGUGCCUGUGCAAGAAUUGAAUUUCUUUGUAUUAGUAUUAUUCUUACCCCCGUGUUGCUUUUCCUGAA